AUAAAUAUUUCACACAGCAAGUAAGUUAAGUCAGUCUUGUACAAACAUUUGGAAAUAAAAAGUCGAUUAUAAAAGGCAAAGGAAUCGUUUCUUUUCACAUAACGCUACUAAAAAGGCUUAGCUAGCUCAAACAUUGGUAACCCCGACGUGAUAAUAUAACGCGAUUUUCCGGUAUUUAAAGUCGUUAUUAAAACCGUACAGUUGUGCCUGCCGCGCACUGAUAUAAUUUUGACUCUCGUUUGCCAACGUCUAAUUCUUCGUCAUGCAAGGGGAAGAUAUAGAUCGAGCAGCCUUUCUAAGACUGAAAACCAAGGGUAUUUUCAACAGAUGGGAGCGUUUAAUCAAAGAGUUGGACUCAGACAAGCUGCACAGUAUGGACGAGUACAGUAUUUCGUCAACGCUAGAAUCUCUGGUCGAAUUGAAAUCCAACUUUUCUGUCGCACAUACAAGCUUAGAGGAAUUAGAUUUUGACUCCAUAGCCAGCGAUUUGCCAAGCCAUUUUGAUGCUGCUCUAAUUAACCUUAGGGCGAGCUUGCAACGCGAGAUAGGUAAACGUAGUACCUCUCAACAUUGCUCCACGCUCAGGAUGAACUCCAGUGAAGCCCAAUCGAUCGUCGUGAACGCCAAUAGUUCACGUCUACCAUUGCUAACGCUGCCUCAAUUUUGUGGGGCCUACACUGAGUGGACAAAUUUCUAUUCGAUGUUCACGUCAAUUAUCGACAAGGACAGUGACCUCACAAACAUCGACAAACUACAACAUUUGUGUUCCUGUUUGAGUGGCGCUGCCCUCGACACCGUGCGCUCACUGGAAAUAAGCAAUGAUAAUUAUAAAACUGCUUUAGAACUUUUACAGAAGCGCUUCGAUAACAAACGUCUUAUAUUUCAGGCACACGUCAGGGAGAUAUUUGGGCUGAGCAAGGUGGAUUCAAACGUAAGCAUGCUCCGAAAGCUGACAGACAAGGUCACUUCACACAUUCGUGCAUUACAGUCGCUCGCAUCUAACGAGAAAAUUGCAGACUGCAUCAUCGUACAAAUGAUUCUCCAGAAACUUGACAAAACGACGCAGGCCAAAUGGGAGGAAACCUCUUCAAUCAGCGAGCUGCCAUCCUGGGAUCAAUUGACUGCAUUCUUGGAAAGGCGCUGCCGAAUGCUUGAGAAUGUUGAGCAUGCUGUCCAAGCACAGACUGGUCAGGCGUUAAGGCAUAGCAAAAACGACAGUAUUAGUCAAAGGAAAACGUUUGUCGCCUCCAAAGGCUCAAUACGUGUUUGUGUAUUUUGUGGAUCACGGGAGCAUGCAAUUUAUAGUUGUCAACUUUUCGCAAAUUUGGAUCCGAACUCGCGCCUGGGGGAAGUUAAGAAGCUUGCACUUUGUCUUAAUUGCCUCAAGGCUGGCCAUCGAAUGCGGGACUGCAAAUCCGGACUGCAAAUCCUGGCAGGUGCGGCACAGUCGAAACACCACACGCUCCUGCAUUUUAACCGCUCAACUGCUUCGUUGACCGAUAGUCAAGCCGAUGCCACUGCAGUCAUUUUUGUAAAAAUACGUGCUGGAAUCUUCGUGUCCUGUCGCGCUCUUUUGGAUUCUGGUUCCCAGUUACACUUCGUCACAACUCGCUUCGCAAAUCAGCUUCAGCUAUUCAAAACAAAAGCUUCUGCUACAGUCUCUGGAAUUGGAGAUGCCAACUUCCCAACGGAAGGUUACUCACUCGAUCUCGUACUUAAGUCGCGGAUUUCAGAUUUUUCAACAAGCAUCACUGCCCUUGUUGUGAGAACCAUCACCGACAAUCAGCCUGGCUGCUCCGUGAGCACCAGCGAGUGGAAUGUUCCGUCGAAUAUACCACUAGCCGAUCCUGGGUUCAACUUACCACAGCGUAUUGAUCUGCUCAUCGGAACAGGACUGUUCUUCGAUCUACUUUGUGUGGGUCAGAUACGCUUAGGAUCUGGUUUACCACUACUUCAGAAAACUCGUCUCGGAUGGGUGCUAUCUGGAGGUGGGCAACAAACUCCAAACCUGUCAUCAUUCGUCGUGAGGCAGAAAUCCUCGAGUGGUCUCAUUCCCAGCACUCGGCUGGACUAUUUAGUACGUCGGUUUUGGGAGAUCGAGCACAUUUUCGAACCGAUCUCUAAGGCCUCCCAAGAAGAUCUCGGCUGCGAGGCCCACUUCCAGGGAAAUUAUUUUCGAUUGCCAUCAGGUGAAUACUCUGUUCGUCUGCCCAUAAAACGCAGCAUGGAUGCCCUAGGAGACUCCUAUUUACAAGCUCGUCAACGCUUUCAAGGUCUGGAACGAAAAAUCGCCCGUAACCCUGAUCUAAAGGCAGAAUACAGUAGGUUUAUUCAGGAAUAUCUGGAUCUCAACCACAUGUCGCUGGUUUCCAACGAGGUUGUACAACAAUGCAAUUACUUCCUGCCACAUCAUUGCGUUAUCAAGGAUGACAGUAGUACAACAAAAUUGAUGGUGGUUUUUGAUGGAUCUGCAACCACUACCUCAGGUUUUUCGUUAAAUGACCUACUCAUUGCAGGCCCAACUAUUCAACCGAAGCUUUUUCAUAUUCUUAUUAGAUUUCGUACUUUUCCUAUAGCACUUACUGCAGACAUCUGUAAGAUGUAUAGGUGUGUUCGCGUCACUCCACCGGACAACAUGCUCCAAUGUAUUUUGUGGCGAGAAUCUCCACAAGAAGACUUUCGCUUCUAUAAGCUCGACACGGUGACGUAUGGAACUAAGCCUGCAGCGUUUCUAGCCAUCCGCGCCAUGCACCAACUCGCAGCAGACGAAUCCGCGACUUAUCCCAUUGGAGCAGAAACGGUACUUCGGGACUUCUAUGUAGAUGACCUGAUAACUGGGGGCGAUUCAAUGGCAGAAGUACUCAACAUUAAACUGCAAACAACUAGCCUCCUUACCCGAGGAAGCUUCAAGUUACGCAAAUGGUGCUCUAAUAGUCCCGAAAUCCUUUGAGAUAUUACUGCCGUAGACAAGGAAAAGUUUCUUAAGUUUGACGAUGGCAGUGACAUCACCAUAGCACAGGGGCUUGUCUGGUUCCCGCACAAGGACAAAUUGCUAUUUUCAUUUGUACCACAAAGAGAAUUCGGAAAAAACUCCAAACGCUCUGCUUUAUCUACACUAACUAGAUGUUACGAUCCCCUUGGACUAAUGGGGCCCACGCUGACCAAGGCGAAGAUUCUUCUGCAACGAAUGUGGAGAGAUAAGCUCGAGUGGGAUGAGAGUCUGCCACAAUCUUUAGACACUGCUUGGUCUGCUUUUUGCACUGGAUUUGCAGACAUGCAGUAUCUAUCAUUUCCUCGUUACGUUUUUCAGUCUGAAGCUAUUAGAGAAAUCCAUGCAUUUUGCGAUGCAAGCCUUGAAGCUUAUGGGACUUGUGUUUACACGCGAUCAACCAAGGACAACAAAAUACAAUUAUUAAAUCAUAACAUAAGUAAAUAAUAAAUUGAACUAAAUACAUUUUUUUUGUUUUUUAGGUUACCACAUCUUAGAUAAUGCACCGUGCCAUCCAGAACAAAAGUUAUUAAAAACAGAAUGUGGCUCAAUUUUCGUUUUAUAAUAUAUAUGCCACCAAAUGUAACGCCCCAUCUCCAGCCAAAUGGACCUCUCAGUGUGUUAAGACAGCAGAUAGUUGCACAACAACAUUCCGAAUUUGAAGAAUUACUCAAUUUAACUGAAACUGCAUUUCCACAGUCAAACCUAAGUGUCAACGAACUAAGAAUAUGGACAGGAAUAGAUGACAAUUGCGCUAAUGGUACUGAGGGCGUUAUCGAUGAUGUUAAUCAACCUGUUGAGGCAUCUGAUGAGGAUGAGCAUGGUGCAAUAACCGGCGACAAGUGUACAAUAGAGGCAACUGAAACCAUUAAAAUUUUUGACAAAGCAAUCCAUUGGACCGAACACAAUACCAACUCGCUCGAACGCAUCAUUUUUCUUAACUAUAUCAAGGAUAUUGCAGUGAAAAAAUCACUGGAAGCUAAGAAAAAACAAAGUACAAUAUUGGACUUCUUUAAAUAAUAUGUUAAUAUUAUAUGAAAUAAAUACACUCACUGCACAAACUAUGUACCUCUACCUUACAUACAACAGUAUUAAUAAAAUAUUUAUAAUCCCAACACUUCUGUACAUGUAUAAUUUCAAUCUCAAUUGAAGGGAAAGUCUGGGUUGAGGGAAAUAGCCCUUGCACGAAU